AUGGACUAGGAUGAAAGUUGGGGAAGUUUAUAGCAAAUAAUUCAUGAGGAUGAAAAGUAUUUAUAUAUUGUCAAUAAUUCUUAGUUAAAAUAAUGUUCGAUAAGGCGAUAUUAUAUAUUUAAAAUCAUAUUUACCAGAUGAUAAUAAAGGUCUUAUAUCUGGUGAAGGAUUUGCAACAAAUAAGUUGGAGUGUCUUCUCCUUUAAAAAUAUUCAAACGAAUACUUUAAUUCAAAAGAAUUUGUCACUAAUAAGUAAACGGAUAGUUUGGUUAAUAAAUAAGCUGAAUGGAAUAUAUUUAAAUGCUUGUUCAGAAUUCUAGAUAGCAAUCGUUCUAUCUAUGAAUAAACUAAAAAUGAAUUCGUUUCUGAUUAAUUAAAAGAAAAUGAAGAGCAGAAUGAAAGUGAAAAAAAUAUCAUUUAUGGUUAAGAAAUAUAAUUGCUUCACUUAUAUUCAAAAUGUUUCUUAACUCUCAACAGUUAAGUCUUGGCUAAAGAAAAUUGCUGCCGUGAACUUAGAUUAGAAUAAAGUAUUACUUCUAAUUCUAAUUUUAUGCUUUAAUCUAAUACAAAAAGUUAUGGUGAACCUGUUUUGUAUGGAGAUAUUCUAUAUUUAAAGAGUAGUGUGAUUCAUCUUAAUAAAUGGGGAUUAGGAAUUUAAUAGACAAGUCCUUAUUCUGAAGUUCAUGCCUCUUAAAUAGCAUCAACUUUGAGAAUAUGUAAUUAUCUAGAAAAUGAGAAUGAGAAUAUUAUAAUGAAUGGGGAUAUUAUUGUAUUUAAGAAUAGACUAUUUGGAGGGUAUUUAAGUAUUAAAAGACAGUUCUCAUCAACAAAGUUAAUGGAAAAAAGAUAAAUAUAUAAAAAAGAUUAGUUGUUAGAAUAGAAUUAUAUAAAUCUAAUAUAGUUAAAAUAAUAAGAAAAUUUAGAUAAAAUGUUUCAUAUUACAUUAGAAAGUGAAUUAUAAUUAAAUUCAUUAUGGUAAUUAAUAGGUAUAGCAAGUUAAUCUACUCAAUAAUAAAAUAAUAAAAAGGAUAGAAAUAGAGUUUAAAAGAGUUAUUUGAUAAAAAAUGUCUUAACAGGGACAUUUUUAUACUUAGAAAAUGAAUAAUUACAUGCUUCAUUUGAUCGUUUACAACCUAAAUUUGAAUUUUAAAUAAGAAACUUAUAAAAAACUGAAUAAUAAAUUAAUUUAGGUGAGUUUUAUAGAAUCUUAAGAAUAUAAGAGAAUCCAUAAUUAUCAUAAUUCUAAACAUUUGUAAUAUAAUGUAAUAAUAGUAAUGAAGUAAAUAUAACUACUAAUUGUUAAAAAACAUAAUUUGAUUAGUAACUAUUUAAAGUAGCAAGAGGACCUUAUUAAGAUGCUAUGGCUGCAAAUAAAAUAUAAUCAUUUUACUUUGGAAUAGUUGACUUUUACAUAUUUUUAUAAGAUUGGGCUUUAGAUAAAGAUUUAAAAUAUUAAUAUAAUUUAGCAUUUUAGAAUUAAAAAUAAUUAUAAGAUGAAAUCAAUUAAUUUGAAAAGCUUUUAUAUAAUAUGAAUGUAUUUUUAAGUUAAGAAAAUUCAAUAUAAGAAAUAAAAUAAUGUCAAUUUAAUUUAUGUUAAUAUGAUGUUUUAGAUUUACUUAUAAAAUUACAAUAAUUAGUAAAUUUAAUAUCAAAUCAAGAAAAUAAAUGGGCAUCUAGUUAUAGUGAUAAAACAGCAUAAAGAAUUGCUAGAUAGAAAUUUGAUCCUGUUGCUUCUAUUAAAAAGAAAAAACAAUUUAAUUUGGUUGAAGAAAUUUAUUAAACAAUAUAUUCAAUCAUCUUUGAUAAUGUUGAUUGUUGUAAUUAUGUUAUACAAGAAGAUUCUAUAAUAGAUUUUCUUUUUAGUCAAUUAAAUUAAUUUAGAGAAUAGAUUGAAAAAAUGUUUAAGUAAAUAGUUUCUAAAGCUAAAUAUAAUCCAAUUAUUGCUAAAAAAUGGAUAAAUAGAAUAUAGAUGAUUAAAGAAGAGAAUUUAGAAGAUUAAAUGUUUAUAAUAACAAUUAUUAAUUUAUUUAUUUCAUCAUCUUAUCACAUUAGUGUUGAAUGUUAAAAUUUAUGUAGGAAAAAUCUCUUUAUUAAUAAUAAAUGUAAAUUAUUAAAAUGUCUCAUCAUAGAAGAAUUACCAAUUAUAUAAAUAGAAGCUGAUGCUUAUGAGUUUUAGUAAAAUAAUUAAAAAUUUUGUGAAGACUAUCAUAAAUAUUAUUUGAAUUUAAGAUAAAAUUAAAUAGCAAUAGAAUAUUUUAUUAAACAUGAUUAGGAAAGACUUUAUCGUAAAUAUGAAUAAUAUCUAUUAAAUUUAUUGAAUUUAUAUGCAAAGAUGUGUAGAGGUAGAAAUUUUAAGAAUAUGAAUUUAAUUAAGAAUGUAGCAGGUAUUAAUUAUUAAUUCUUUGAUUCAAUAAUAAAGUCAAUUCAUAGUUUAUAAUGUAAAUAAGUUAUCAUAGAAUUGUUUUCAUCAUUAUAUUUUGAUAUUGAUCCUUUGACUAAAAUUUCAGUAUUUGAAAAUACAUGUUAUCUUAGAUAGGCUUUAGGGGAUUUUGAUAAAGAAUUAGAAUCAGGCAGAUACUUUUAUGAAAAUAUUUCAUCUAAUAUACUAAAAAAAACAGAUUCUUAUUAAAAUUUUUAAUAAGAUACUUUAAGAACUUAAGAAAAUAUGUAAGAACUUUUACUUCUCAAAUCCUUUUCAUCUCAUAUAAUUACAAAUCAAAAAUAUCAUGAAUAUUUUAUUAACUUAUUUUUAUAAUAAGAAUACCCAACUAUUUUAACUGAAGAUUCUAAUAGUUCACUUAAAUACAAAGAAAUUUCUAAGAUUUAAUUAAAAUUUUUUUUAAGUGUAAUACGUAUUAUAAAAGAUUCAAUUGAUUUAGGAUAUAAUACAUUAAAUAAAAAUAGAGAAAUAUAAGAAACCUUACCAAAUAUUUUCUUUAUUUUAAUUAUUCAAUUAAAUAAUAAAUUUAAGACAUUUGAAUUUUAAGAAGAUAAAGCUUUUAUUUUAAAUUUAAAAAAUAUGUAAUAAGCUUAGAGUAAAUAAAUUUCAUCAUUAUUUGAAAGAUUUAAUUUAAGAUUUAAUUAAUCUUGGAUUGCAGAUUUUUUGUUAUGGUCUACAUCUACAUGUAAUGAUUAAGAUUUAAUAGAAUAGAUAUUUUAAGAAGCAUUAAAUAUCUAUUAAGUAUUAUUUUAUUUAUAGGCUAAUUUAUAAGUCUUAUAAUAUUUGACUUAAAAAGAAAGUUCAAUGAAUGAAUUAUUUGCAAAUCAUGAUUCAAUUUUAUUUCAUUGUUUAUUUGGAGCAACUAAAUUACCAAAUUUAAAUAAUGAAAUUUUGCAAUAUCUUAUUUUAAGUUUUAAUAAUUAAUAAUAUGAUCUUUAAGAAAUUAAAGAAGUAGAAAUUCUAGAUGAUGAAAUAGAACGUAAAUAUUUUGGAAUUGUUAAUGGACAUUAUGAGGCAUAAGGUGAUUAAGGACCAAAAGAAAUAUAAUAAUAUGUUAAAUAAGCAGUUAAAUUUGUUUAAAUUGAUUAAUAAAAUAAUAAGAAAUUAGAUGAAUUUGAAAAAUCAUUCUUAAAAAUAUCUUAAUAUAUUUAGAAAAUAAAUUCAUUAUUUGAAAGUAUAAGAAUAUACAAUUAGUCUUAUACUAAAUCACUUUAAAAUAUGAUUAGAAAUGCAGGAAUACAUCUUAUUUUUAUUGAAUUUUUUAUAAAUUCUGAUCAAAUUAUUGAAAAUGAAUAAGUUGUAUAUUUUUAUAGAAAUUUCUUAAAAUUUUGGGAGAAUUUUCUUAAGGACAAUCAGACAAAUUUUUAGAUAUUAAUACCAUAUCUAGAUUAACUAUUAAAAAUUAUAUUAUUGCCAUAACCCCAACAUGAUAACUUUUUAUAUAAAUCUUUAUAAAUUUCUAAACUAUAAUUAGAUAGUGCUUCAAAUAUCAUUAUUGAUAUAAUUAUGAAUAUAUGUAAAUCACUAAAUUUAAAUGAAAAAGUAAUUCAUAUAAGAGCUGCUAAAUAAUAUUUAAAAAUCUUAAAAGAAUUUACAAAAACCCCUUCAAAACCUAAAUUUAAUCAUUUAAGUAAUCAAAAAUAAAUCUUACAUUUAAUUCUUCAAAAUUUUAGAAAUCUUAUAGAUCCUUUAUAAUAUUUUGAAGAUAAAAAUCUAAAAGAUAAACAAAUAUAAUCCAAUUAUCUAAGAUAUUAUUAACUAAAACUUCAUUCUACUGCUCUCAAUCUAAUCUCAGAAACUUGUUAAAAUUAUUAUUUAGGAAUUUCUGAAACUUAAAGAAUAUUACUUUUUGAAUAAUUAACAUCAGUAUUGCAGAAUGAACCAUAUAUUGUAAAAGCUGCUUAUUUAAAAUGUAUCUUUGAAUUAUACAUUAAUUUUGUUAAAUCAAAUAAUCUAAUAGGAGAUCUAAUAGAUAAUUAUCAACUUAAAGAAUUAUUUACAUCAAUUAUUAUUCCAGAUUUAUAAAAGAUGUAAUAAUUUUAAAAAAGUCAUAAUUUAGAAAAUCUUAUAUUACUAAACAAUAAAGAGUAUUGGAAAUAUAUACUAUAUGUCUUUGAAUUUCUUAUUUCAGUUAUUGAUGAAUUUAGAGUUCCAGAAAGACAAAAUGAUAUUAAUUUUGUUGAAGAAUAUACUAAGAUAAAUACAUUAAUUAAAGGAAUAUUACUAAAUUCUUCUAGUCCAUUGAUAUAAGAAAAAAGAGAAUAUAUAUAAUAAAUAUCUGAAAUAAUUGACUUAUUUGUUAAGAAUCUAUACGAUUUCAAUCUUUAAAAUAGAUUAUAAAUAUAUUGUAUUAGAUAAAAGAUUUCAGUCUAAUUUUUAAUAGACUAUGUUGAAUAAAUGAAUUAGAAAGAUAGAAUAUACAAAUUAAAAGAAAUAUGUAAUCAGAAUAACAAGAUUUACAUAAAAUAAUUAGAUCUUAGUCUUAUUAGAUCUAACAAGGCUUCUCAUUAUUAAAAUGCAGAGAAUUGGAUUGAUUUUAAAAAAGCAUUUAAUUCUUAAAUUGAUUUAAAUGAAACUACAACUUAAGCAUAAGAAAGAUUGAAAGAAGAAUUAAACUUAUAAGUUUUAAAGGAGAAAUUUUAGGAGAGAAAAGAAGAAGAAAUUAAGAAGACUUUCUUAAAAAAAGGAUGUUAAGGUGAAAUUUUAAAUCCAUUAUCAGAAGAUGUACAAAUAUUAUUCUUUUUACAUGAAUUAAGUUAAUAAGUAGAUAGUUUACUUUAAGAAGAGAAAUUUAAGGAAUUUAUAAUCAAAUGUAAAUAAAUAUUUUCAUAACAUCCUCAUUAUUUAAUUAAAUUAUGUAAAAUAUUUUUGGAAAUGAAAAAACCAGUUAAGAAUUAUAUAAAUUAAGGUGAAUUAGAUGAAGAAGAUGAUAUAAAUGAAAGGGGAAAUCAAAAAGAUUAUUAGAAUACUAUUGAAAAAUUUACAACAUUCCAAAAUAUAAUAUCUGAAUGUGAUAUUCAUGUUAUUGCAAUUGAGUAAUUAAAUCAUUAAAACACAAUUGAAUAAUUAGAUUGUUUAACUUUGAUACAUCUUUUAUUAGACUUUGGUAAUUCAUAAGUACAACAAAGAUUUUACACCUUAUUAUAGAAUCAUAAGAAACAUAAGAAAAUAUUCAUAUAAUUCUUUAAAGAUUUUUAUAGUACUGAUGUAGGUAUAAAGUUGGAAGAAUUAAGUUUAUCUAAGAAUACUAAUUAUUUACAUAUUUGUAUUAAAGUUUUAUAAGUUUUAUAAGGAUUAUGUGAGAAUGUUCAUAUAGAAUUUUAAAAAUUUUUGAGAAUUCAAAAUUAAUAAGAUUCAAUUACAAAUAAUUUUAAUUUUGUUUUAGAAACUACUAAUUUAUUGGUUAAUUUUUUAUCAGAUAAAUCUGUAGAUAAUUUAAAGAAAUGGGAAUUAUAUUAAUAAGGUUUAUUAAGUUUAAUAGAAUUUUCAACUGGUCUUAAUGAAAAUAAAAAAGAAAUCACAAAAAAUUCUAGAUUAUUUUCAGGAUUUAAUGAAUUAUUUAAUCAUGUAGAUUUAGAUAAAGCCUUAGUUCCUUAAUCGAAAAAAAUAUAAAACAUUUAUUUUUAAUUAUUGUAAACUCUAUACAUUUACAUUUAAUUAUUAAUAUCAUUAUUGGAAGGUAAUGCAAAUGAAAAUAAACAAGUAUAUAAAUUCUUAUUGGAAAAUUUAAAUAAUGAAUUUCUUAUGUCAUUAGCAAAAAAAAUAUAUAAUAUAAGAAUCAAUCCUAAAAAAUCUGCAAUUUGUGUUGAUAAAUAUUGCAGACUUCCAUGUAAAGACAAUUUAUGUAAUAAAAGUUUCUGUAUAAAUGGUUAUAAAACAAGAGAGGAUUCUUUAUUAAUUGAGACAGGCUUAAAUAUUUUUAUUAUCGGUUUAAAGCUAUCUAAUUAUAGUAAUGAUUAAAAAUUUAAAAUAUUUUAAUUUGAAAGUAUGACAAUAGAAAAAGAUUUGAUUUAAGAAGAAUAAAUUUACUAAAAUAUAAGUUUGAGAAAUGUAAUUGAAAAAACAUUUUCAAUAAGUCAACAUCCUGAAUAUUAUUAAAGAGUUGUUGAUACUUAGUAAGUGAAUAACGAAUUAUUUGAUGAAAUUAGUGAAGAAAGAUAACAUACAGAAGCUAAAUUAGUUUAAGUAUCAAGAGAAGAUGAAUUCUUUUUAUUUUAUAGAGAAUUUAUUGGAAGAAUAGAAGUAGUAAAUUAAUUUGGUUAAAUAGAAAGAAUUCUAUUUUAGAAACCUUUUGUUUGCAAAUAUAUGACAUAAAAUAUUAAAUAAAAUUUAAUUUAUGAAUCUAAUAGAGAAACAGACGAGGAUAGAAUUACAAGUUUUUUGGAAAAUAUCAAUUUUUAUCAUUCUUAAAUGGCUCAUUAUUAAAAUGUUAGUACUAUACCUAUUAUGCAUUUUGGAUAAAAACAUUGGAGAACUUUAAAAGAUAUAUCUUACAUUCUUUGUAUGGUUAUUGUAUUAUUCUUUAUUUUACUGCCUGAUGAUAUAGCAGAUGGAAAUUUGGUUUAGGGAGAUAAUGAUGAAGACGAAAUAAUUACUGAUUCAAAAAAAGUAUAAAUAGUAUUGUAUUUAAAUAAUGUAAGUCAUAUAUUUUAAGUAGAUAAUAACUGUGAUUCAAUUAGUAUUAAAUUUGAUUAUUAUUAUAUUUUGUGCAAUAGAAAGAUACCCUAUUGCAGUUAAUUUUAGAAGAGGAGAAACUAAUGUGAAAUAAAUUCAGAAUCUAAAAAUUGAAGCAGGAUUUAAGAUACCAGAAUAUAAAAAGAAAUAUUAUGAAUUUGUAGGAUAUAUGGAAAAUAAUUUUGAAAAAUAAUAAGUUAAGAAAAAUCCAUUUAGAAAAAUAAUUGUAUUAUUAUUGAUUGAUUUCGAUAAUUUCUAUAAUGUAAAAUAACAUAUUAAUUAUAUAGCUUAUAAUAUUUGGAAUUACUGCUGUUGCAUUUUUUAAUAAUUAUGUUUAUGCAAUAUUAUUAUUAGACAUUGUAAAAAGAUCAGAGGUUUUGUAGAAUAUCAUUAAAGCUUUUACUGAAAAUACUAAAAACCUAUUAAUAUUUGGACUUUUAGGACUUAUUGGAUUGGUUUUAUAUGGAUUUUUAAUAAAAUUAUCAUUUAGUGAAGAUUUCAAGGAUGACACAAAAUUUGCUUCAGAUUCAUUAGGUUAUUCAAUAGCACAUGUUAUAAAUUUCGGUCUAAGAAAUGGUGGUGGAAUUGGUGAUACUCUAUCUGAUUAUGCUGAUCCUUUUGAAGAUCCAGCAAAAUAUUGGAAGAGAUAUUUUUUUGACAUCACUUUUUUUAUUAUCUUUAAUAUCUUGUUUUUAUAAAUGAUUUUCGGUAUCAUUGUUGAUAAGUUUGGAGAAUUGCGUGAUGAGAGAUAAGAACUUUUGAAAGAUAUCUAAGGAAAAUGUUUUAUUUGUAGUCUCGAUAGAAAUGAGAUUGAUUCUAAGUAAUUUUAUAUCUUAUAUAUUUAGAACUAAAAAUGGAUGGUAUUAACAUAUAUAUUUGGAACAUAAUGUGUAUCAUAUGCUUUUCUAUUUAAUAUAUAUUAAGAAAAAACCAAUCACUGAAUGUAAUUAAUUGGAAAAGUACAUCAAAGAUUAAAUGGAAAAUAGAUUAUCCGAAUUUCUUCCAGUAAAAAUGACAUACGAACUUCAAAAUUAACAAAAAUAAUAACAAUGA